UAGCAAGAGUUUGUCUCGUGUGAAUCUAGUGACCGAGGUGGCGAUGACUAGUGGGCCUAGCCGUGCUCGAAAAUAGCUGGCUGGGAUACGGGUCCGGAACUGCGCUAAGCCCUCGGCGCCCUCGUGUCCAUUGCGAGGCGUAACACCAAAAGGGAAGUGAAACCAAAACAGAGAUCUGGACUGGGCUUCUUAUUAUCCAUAUAAGAGCUGUGCGACUCCAUUACCAGCCAGCAUUCCACCAUCCACAGUUACAAACAACACCUUCGCUCUAGGACAUUAUCGCAUCGAUUAUUCACAUCCUCCGAACUCCAGAUCAACGACAUCAGCACACAAUUCAGCAAAAAUGCGUUACUCUACUGCAAUCCUCGCUGCCGCUGUUAGCACUGUCUACGCCCAGUCCACCAUCACCGGGACCAUCGUCCAGCCUUCUGGCUCACCACAAGUCAAUGCACCCGCAAAUUCCUUGCCUCUAGGCACAAACUGUGGUGCCGACGAGCAAUGUCAGGGCGGCGCACAAUGCUUUGGCAGCACUGCUGGCACAAUCCGACAAUGCGGCAACUUCAAUGCUGAAUGCACAAGCGAUAGCCAAUGCGCAUACAACUCCUGCAACAACGGCCUUUGCAAUGGCUUCCUGGCGUCUUCAGCUUCCACCACCGCCGCAUCAUCUACUGCUUCCAUCGUGACUGGAACGAUCGUUCAGCCAUCUGGAGCGCCUCAGGUCACCGCUCCCGCAGGAUCAGUGCCUCUCGGAGGCACCUGCGGCGCAGAUGAGCAAUGCCAGGGCGAGGCACAGUGCUGGGGCAGCACCGCCGGCACUAUCAGGCGAUGCGGCAACUUCAAUGCUGCCUGCCAGCGUGACAGCCAAUGUGCAUACAACUCCUGCAACAAUGGUCUCUGCAACGGCUUCCUCCCAUCUUCGGCCUACCCAGCAAACAGCGCUACUGCUUCUCAGACCACCUUGUCCACCGCUAGCGGAAGCGCACCAACUGCUCCAUACGGCAACAACGGAACCACUGUCGCGCCCACUGGAGGUGCCAACAAACCAACUGGUGGCGCUUCCAACCCAACUGGAACUGUCAGGCCAUCUGGACCAAGCGUUGUUCCAUCUACUGGUGGUGCUGCUACUCUCGGAGCUACUUUCAGCGGCUUCGCGGCUGUUGUUGCUGGUAUGGCGGCUUGGGUGAUGUAAAGAUGGCGGAGCGAUGACGGGCUUACAGUACUUGAAAAAAAAAUGCAUAGCUUUGGGAACAGGAUUUACGAAAAGAGUUGAGCUCACGCAAUAAUGACAGACAAGACGAAUUUGACAGACCAAAAUGAAAUGUAAUAGAGAUAGCUUAAUUAAUCAACAUGACGAUUCUACGAAUACAAUAGUCUUAUCUCCUC